UACUUCCUUUUUCCCGUCGUCCAUACAUACACGUGAAGGUCAGCAAUAGAGCCAUAAAGAAUUCAUAAUUAGGAAUAUAUUACUUUUAGGACCUCUUUUUAGCGAACUAUGGACGCCCAGGGAGCGACCGCAGACCCUCAGCUUCAGCACUUCAUCGAAAUCGAGUCUCAAAAACAAAGAUUUCAGCAGCUGGUGCAUCAAAUGACUGAGGUUUGCUGGGAGAAAUGUAUGGACAAACCCGGGCCAAAGCUGGACUCAAGGACAGAAGUGUGCUUCGUUAACUGCGUGGAGCGAUUUAUCGACACCAGCCAGUUCAUCCUAAACAGACUGGAACAGACUCAGAGGAGCAGGGGCGGCUUCUCCGAGGCCAUAUCGGACUAAAAACGACUCACUGAAAAGACACAUGGCACGCAGGCAGUUCCUGCUCUGUGAGGAGGCUGUUUGGAAAUGCAGAACUGUCUCUUCAACUGGAAAAAGUGUUACUUUUCAUAUAAGUGCCUGAGGUUAACACCAUGGAUGGACUCAUGCAGAAGUCAAGGGUUUUAUUUGUCCUCCAUUAAGCAGAAUAUGAGUGUUACAAAGUGUUAAGAUUCUGGUCUGUUGUCAAGUCAGUCCACUGAUCAAACUGAGCUGCGUUAAUAUCCACUGAUGUAACUAGUGGGUUUGCAAGUGUGGGAGACAGCAGAAAGACGGAUGCAUCUGGGACAUUCAGCUUGCCAGCUGUUUUUGACAGCCACAAGGACCACGGCACACUCUGCUGUAAUGUAAGAGAACCAGUGCCCAUGACUGAAGAGGUUCAGGACUGUACAUAUGCAAUAAACAAAAUGCCAGAUAAUUCUGUCUAUCUUUUGGAAUAGUGUGUAUUUAAGUAAUGUUGUAAUUAUGUUUUAAUCAGCAAUAUCAAACACACAAACUACAGUUACAUUAGAUAUGUUACAACUUGGCACAUGUUGCAAAUUCAUUUUUAUAGGGUAAGAACAAUCUUUGGUGCUGUUUUUAUAUAAUAAUACUGAGGUAUUACAGGAACUCAUCAGAGGAAUUAUUCAAUCUUGUUCAUCAACAACAUGUGAUUGAAAUGCAUUCAGGGCUAAUCACAUUUUCUGGCUUUACAAUGAGUUGCAAUAUAUUACAUUUUUACAAUAAGGUUAAAAGUGCAAAACUAUGAAUAAGGUCAUUGUUUUCAGUAACAGAAGGCAGGUAAUAAUUUAGCUUAUACAGGCUAAUAAUAUUCAACCUUUACUCAAUAUACUGUAAAAGAAAACACACAGCAGUGCAACAGACAUUCCCAUUGAUAAAAAACAUACUACCGAUUAA